AUGCCGCUGUCGGAAUACGCCAGGUCGGAAUAUGAAGAGGAUAGCGAGUUUGUGAUGUCAGACGAGGAAGACGACGGUGGAGCGGAGCAUUCCUCUGAACUAGAACCUCAUCAUCAUCAGCAAUCAUCUCCGAUCGACAAACCGCGCCUGGAAAUACUGGAUGACUCACUCAUCAAUCCCAGCCUGAACUCUGCAAAUCGUAACAGUCAGGUUCGAUCCGCCCCCGGCAGUAUCAUCAGUAAUGAUGCCUCCAAGUUUAUCAAUCAUGUCGAUCUGGUGAUGAACAAAAUCAAAACAUUAGAAUCCGAUAAUCGUUGGCAUAGGGUACUCAAACAUCGCACCGGUGUCCAGGUUUACGCCCAAAAGCACGCCAAGACUAUCGGCAAAGCAAAGACCGUCCCCGUUUUCAAAGGCGUUGGUCUUAUCAAGGGCUAUUCCCCAGCUUCUGUGUUCGCUGUGAUCGGUUCUAGUAAACUAUGGGAUGAAUGGUAUGAGGAUGGUAACUUGGUCGAGAACCUCAGUGAUCAAGUCAGUCUGACUUACAUGUGCAUGAAAGCUGGCAUCGGAACUCGGGUUCGAGACUUGUCUUUGGUGGAGAAAUGUGAAGCAACAGCAGAUGGUUCAAUUUACUUUUGCGCCUCUUCAGUCGACACACCGCGAGUUCCAAUCGUCCCUGGUAGAAUUCGAGCUCACAUCGAGUUGAAUGGCUGGAUACUUGAGCCCAUCAAGCUUCCCGAAUCCACACCUGGGGCAAGUACGACCGCUACCAAAGUGACUUAUUACCUCCAAGUUAAUGUCAAAACAUUUGUAGCGGAGGCAGUCAGUAAGCGCUAUCUGGCGAGGCGACCACUCUGCAUCACCAAGAUUGACGCUUAUCUACAAAAGUAUGGCUCCCCCGUCCAGCUCGAGGGUAUCAGUGACGUCGAGGCACAUCCACGCCAGGGGGGCAAUCGCAGGAGCUAUUCUCGAAAUUUCAUGUCGGUGAAACAGUUAAACUUCCCUAAAGAACUCGAGAAUGGCGAUAGUGGCCCGGCUAGUGCGCCUAACUCCCUUGGCUCUCGAGGAAUGCGCUCUCAUCUCAGCAGUAUUGGCCCCUUUGGACAGAAAGUUCGAGCACGAUUACCAAGUGCGGCUGUAGUACCUACCCUCAAGCGGAGUGACCCAAAUAUCCGCAAGCAUGUGAAAUCAAUCCAGCCUGAAGAUACUUCUUCAGCUCCUGUCAGUAUACUCGCAAAACCACCGCAACCUCUGUUGAUUGAUCAUGUCAAACCAAACCAAGAAAGUCACAACUGGGAUUCGAUUUCUCAAGCCCUCGAGCUAUUCAAUACAUAUUUAAAAGACUCUCACGCGAACCAACGAGAUUGGAAGACAUUCGAAAAUUCGAACAACUCAGUUAGAAUGUGGCUAAAUUCUCAAAUCGCCCAAUCAGGCCAGAGGAGUCAUAGAGAAGGACUCUUCCGGUUUCCCGUAGUCAAAAGUCAAACAAUCCUGGACACUGUCAGAGAUGGUCGACAUUCGUGUUCAAUCACUCCGGAGCAAGUAUCAUUGACUGUCCUGAGUAAUAUGGCACAACAGACAUGGGAUCAAAACUUUCACGGAUAUUCUAAGUUGGGAGGCCAGUCCCAUCAGCAUCAGUUGCUUUUGAAUACAGAUAACGGAUUUGAUCAAGGAACUUAUCUUGGGACCAUAAGAGCCGUCUAUCCUCACAUUCGCGACGAAUCGAUGUUCUGUUUCGAUCAAGUUGUAUUCCGACAACCUGCAGAUUCUCAGACCGUAGGCUCGAAGAUUGUCAUCCUUCAUCACUCGGUCGAAGACGAGGAAGGAUAUUCGAAGCGACUAGAAGAGAAUAAAGAUCUGCAGACCGACCAUCCUGGAGCCAAUUCACUCCUACGAGAAAAGGUUGAACAGAAAUUGUUGAGCAAGAUUGACGUAUCAGGCUGGGUGAUUGAGAGUGGGCCAUUAUCAGACCAAAUUCAGAUUACGCAUCUUUCGGCAUUGUCCUUGAACCUCAAAAAUCAACCACCUACAUCUACGAGCCAAACGACUUCGCUACCGGACUUCUUAACUAGACUGAUUACUUCUAAUAUCGCUAGUCGACCUCAACAGGUCCGCGAGUUCAUUCGCGACCACGGCUUCUCGCCGGGUUUUGUUAGAUGGGCGGACGGCGAAAUCCAGUACGAUGGCGACUUUUUUCUCGAGGAUUCCGAGCAAGUUUCGCCUGGCAUCAACGCGGGUCAGGUUGAGUGGAGGUUUAGGAAGAAACGUCCCCUGCCCGGCCGCCAGACUCCUCUUCCCUUACCUUCGAUCAAGGUGGGUACAGGCACCAUUCAAACCUGUUGGUUUCAAUGGAGUGAACAAAUGUAUCCUCAUGGGAUCGAUUUGACCCUUGAACCAUCAGAUGCAGCCGAAGUCCGCCUGGUUUCUGAAAUGAAUAACACGCUGCAGUUUGAUUGGAGAGCUGAUUCGGAGAGCUUGGUACACAGCGGAUCGGCCGACGGGCCGAUGACGAUGAUCAAACUGAGAGCCAAACGGAUUCAUUCUAGUGACUCGUCCACGCCGCAUCGAGUGCUUUUCAACGGCUCUCGGUCUCUCGACACGGUCCAUGUACAGCUCGACCCGUCGAAAUUGAAGAUGCAAGAUGCCGUCGAAAGCCGCGAUGACCGUGCCGGCCUCGAGAAAGACUCGGCCACCAAAGUCAAUGGGGUCCAUAAAGAUACCUCCCUCGACCGGCCACCUACUUCCGCUCCACAAACUUCUUCCAAGCCAGGCCCGCUUGCGUCGAACAAUCCUACCAACCCCCCUCUGGCCUCUUCGGUUACCCUAAAUGAGCAGAAAAGGAGGUCUAGAGAAACAAAUCAGCAACAGCAACAAUAUCUCUUCGAGCCCAAUGUGGCUAUCAUUAUCAACCAGGAUAUCUACUUUACUAGAUCCCAGGUCUUUUUCUUCAUCAUUUGUCUCGGAUUCGCUUACAUAUAUGGUCGCUUCGGUUGA